AUGGAGCCGACCCCCAAUGCAGACGCCGAGCUGCAGCCCCUGCUCCUCGCCAACGCGUCGGACGCCUUUCCCAGUGCCUUCCCGAGCGCGGCCGCCAAUGCGUCGGGGCCGCCGGGCGCACGGAGCGCCUCAUCCCUCGCCCUGGCCAUCGCCAUCACCGCGCUGUACUCAGCCGUGUGCGCUGUGGGGCUACUGGGCAACGUGCUUGUCAUGUUUGGCAUUGUCCGGUACACUAAGAUGAAGACAGCCACCAACAUCUACAUCUUCAAUCUGGCCUUGGCGGACGCAUUGGCCACCAGCACACUGCCCUUCCAAAGUGCCAAGUACCUGAUGGAGACGUGGCCCUUCGGGGAACUGCUCUGCAAGGCCGUACUUUCCAUUGACUACUACAACAUGUUCACCAGCAUCUUCACACUCACCAUGAUGAGUGUCGACCGCUACAUCGCUGUCUGCCACCCUGUCAAGGCCUUGGACUUCCGCACACCCGCCAAGGCCAAGCUGAUCAACAUCUGCAUCUGGGUCCUGGCCUCAGGUGUCGGCGUGCCCAUCAUGGUCAUGGCUGUGACCCACCCCCGGGACGGAGCGGUGGUGUGCAUGCUGCAGUUCCCCAGCCCCAGCUGGUACUGGGACACGGUGACCAAGAUCUGCGUCUUCCUCUUCGCCUUCGUCGUGCCCAUCCUCAUCAUCACCGUGUGCUACGGCCUCAUGCUGCUGCGCCUGCGCAGCGUGCGCCUGCUGUCCGGCUCCAAGGAGAAGGACCGUAGCCUGCGGCGCAUCACGCGCAUGGUGCUGGUGGUGGUGGGCGCGUUCGUAGUGUGCUGGGCGCCCAUCCACAUCUUCGUCAUCGUCUGGACGCUGGUGGACAUCGACCGGCGCGACCCGCUCGUGGUGGCCGCGCUGCACCUGUGCAUUGCGCUCGGCUACGCCAACAGCAGCCUCAACCCUGUGCUUUACGCCUUCCUCGACGAGAACUUCAGACGCUGCUUCCGCCAGCUCUGCCGCUCGCCCUGCGGCCGCCCGGAACCCGGCAGCUUCAGCCGCGCCCGCGAGGCCACGGCCCGGGAGCGGGUCUCCGCUUGCACCCCUUCCGACGGCCCUGGGGGUGGCGCCGCCGCCUGACUAGGCGGAGCUGGCCCC